AUGCGUUCAUUUUACCUUGCAGUGCUGKGCCUCAUGGCAACAUCAUCACUCGCGGCUCCCAAGAAAGCCGCUCAGGAGGGCAUCAAUGUUUUCGACGCCGUGGCCAAGUUGAAAUCAGGACCUCAUGUAUAUGUCCACAUCGCGGACGACGGAGUGGCACGAGCUUACGACGAGAACGAAUCCGUUAUCGACUAUGUUCCCUUGACCAAUGACCAGCUUAAGCAGCUGCUCGCGAACCUUCCAGAGCCAUGGAAGAAGGAAGCGGAUCAUUUGCACGCUGUAUUUGAUGACGUCGACGGACGUCAAGUUACGGAUGAGAAACAGUUGCUUGACCCUCCUGCUGAGCUUCGAAAUCCCAUGCCUCGUCAGGCACCUCAGUCUAAGCGCGCCCCCAACCCUCUCCAACAGUCCGACUAUUACUGCAGAGGCCAACCCUGCAUUGAUGGUCCAGCUUGCCGGUUCAUGGGCUGCCGAGGUCGUACGGAUAUAGAUGCUGUCUUACCAGGAGGAGCAGGUAAAGACGAAGAGGCAUCGAAGGCCAUCCCAUCCCUGAAACACUCGCCAUCACUCAAAGGCUUCAACCACCUUGCUACCGACGGAGUGUACCGCAGUUUUAGCUCGAGUGGCGAGGUAGUAGAUUAUAAGCAAUUAAGCCCAGCAGAAAUUACAAUGAUGCUGGAGUUCCAUGAAAAAUAUAUGGACCCAGAGAUUUUUCAGAAGACUAAGAAGAAAUUUGAUGGUGUGGAUGGCAGAAAUGUGACUGAUUUGGAGCAACUACUUCAUCCAGGACCAGAAAUUCGUCCAGUGAGAUUUAGAGAGUGA